UCUGUCAUUCUCUGUGUAAAAUAUAAAUACAAUUGAACAGUUUGCCUUUUCAGUCAAUGUUUUAACCAGCAAUACGACUUGAAUGAACCUUGUUUGUUGUGAAAAUAGUUAAAUUGUUUCAUUGCCUUUGUAUUUUAAUCCAUCAAAUUAACACCUUAACCGAAUCAUCAUCACUCUAAAUUGACUAAUCAUGGCAGAAAGUUGUACUAACGCGCUUUUAAGUGAUGAUGAAGUGAAAGUUAUUCAAUCAAUCUGGUCAUCAGUAAUGAAAGAUGCAAAUACACAUGGAAUGAAUUUUUUCCUCAAAUUCUUUCGAGAAAAUCCUACAUUUCAAGAACGAUUCGCAAGCCUUCGUAACUUGAAAACCGAGGAGGAAAUGAAAGCGUCCAAGCGUCUUAAAGCCCAUGCAGCUUCAGUCUUUCACGCAAUCACUGCCUUGGUUGAUAAUCUUGAUGAUCUUGAGUGUGUUAGUGAUAUGCUCGAAAAAAUCGCCGCAAAUCACUUGAGACGUAAAGUUAAUUGGCCCUUUUUUGAUCGAAUAGCUUUGUGUAUUGUUGCUUUUCUUAGUGAGACUCUUGGAACUCAAAUAAUGGAUUCAAAGGCAACAACCGCAUGGACCAAAGUUCUCAAUGUAAUCACGGAAACGGUUAAAAGAGUUGAAGUUGAACAACUCGAGACACAAAGUGCUUCAUCCUGAAGAUGGACUGUUUUCACUUGCUAAACUUGGACCUUUCCUUUUCUCUGACCAUUAUAAUGAGUUAAUGACAAGCAAAUACAAGCGAUUACAAAAUUUUAGGUGUUAUUUGACUAGCUGUGCUUUAAACUCUAACCUCCCACUUAUGUUUCAACGUUCAUUCAUCUGACUGUUAGCUUCUGACACCAUUAAAUUCCUAGUUUAGCAAUCUGUAACCUAGCUUUCCAAAGUGGUUCUUUCUAAUCAAGUUUUUAUCAUGAUACAUGCGACGACCGAUCAAUUGGAUUAAUUUACUUAUGUUCAAGCUCCAUCUAUCGUUUAAUAAUCAAACAAAAUCGCUCAACAAUUUUGACUUUUAAUAAACUAUGUUUAUAAUCAACUCAAA